AUGUCACUUACGGGAAAUGCUUCAGAAAACGCGGAUAACACGAAAAAUUAUUCAAUAACAGGUAUAAAAGAAAAUGGUAAUAAUACCAUGACAGCUAAUGCAUUUGUGAAUGGAUACAGAGAUACUCCAGACCCCACGAAAUUGGGUGCCCCUCAUUACUCUGUUGCUGGAGGAAGCCUAACUGUUGAAUCACGUGGUCAUUCAGCAGGUGUAGCAGCUCAGCAUAUACCAAACUUUGGUGAUAGAGUAACUGGUUCAGCAAAUGUAAACCUUAUUAAUUCCGAGAUACACAAAUUGGAUGCCCAUGCUUUUAGCACCCAAACGAUACCAAAGGCUCAUCCGAAUUUCGCCACCCAUGGCGGAGGAGUCGAUUAUACUUAUAUGAACAAACACGGUGCAAGUGCGUCUGUGACCCAUACCCCGAUGUUCAACAAGACAGAUCACAAUGUGGGAGCCCACUUUAACCUCCAUCAAACACCUACUUCUUCCCUAGAUUUCAAUGUUGGGGCAUCAAAGAGCAAAUCUCCCUUUUCAAACGGUAAUUGGGACAAACAGGGAUCGUUUAUAUUCAGAAAACAGUUUUAA